AUGUGUGUGAUGACUAACAAAGACUACAUGCUUGCCGGGGUCCCCCGCAUUCUGCUGUUGCUCCCCCGGAUUCAGGGUGGCCCCCAAAUUGAGUCCAAGGCUGCUUCUGCGUCGUCCAACCACCUUCGUCCCAUUGUAACCAUUGCAAUAUUGCAACAGACGCAUCGUGAACAGCACCUCCAGCCACCGUGGCAGCGAGUGGCGAUGGCAACGCAACAGAUAAGCUCGGCGACACCCAUUCCUGCGGCCGACGACGCCGCGUCUCGUCGCGCGAAGAUGAGGGAAUUGGACCGACGUGCACAGCGAGCUGCCCGAGAACGGAACAAGAAUCGCAUUGCCUACCUAGAAGCGACUAUCCAGGCUAUGAGCGAGCAAGAACAGAGCGCAAAGAUCGCCAGCUUGAUGAACCAGCUAUCUGACAUGACGAGACAAAGAGACACCCUGUCGAAAACACUCUCCUCACUUGAGACAACCAUUCAAGUCCACCGAGAAGGCGAACGUGCCGAUACUUUGCAGGACCGAGCAUCACAACCUGAGGCUACGGCUUCUAACUGUCAGCCGUGGCCGGGCGCUCAUGAGAGUUCAAACGCUUUUGAUAUUGAGGUCGAAGAUAUGCCCUUAGACGUCUUCACCCCUGGCAUCUCCGCCAUAAGUUGGGGACUCCCAGUAUCUGACGUAACCGGUCAUACUCUUGCGACAGAGACGGAACUGGCCAACAGAGUUCCCGCUCCACCUAGCCUCGCCCUGGCAGGGAACCCUAAUCUGGAAUGUCUACCCGACUCCCCUCCGUCUCGACAUCAAGGCGAUGGUGUGAUCGUGCCGGAGCCAGACAGUGCCUGUGAGUGUUUAGGAUCAAGACAAGAUCCUCAAAGCCCGGGUUUAUCGACAACAAGUUUAUGGAGAUCCGCAAACGAAGCUCUUGGCGCCAGCGAAAUGCUGUCCAGGAGUGUUCUGGCUAUGGAGGACGAGAUGAGCGACGACAUUCCGGUCCGCGUCAUCUUAGAAGGAUGGGAUGCCGUCGAAAGAUCAGGGAAACUACCGCCCUUGUGGAGAAGACUCCGUCAGACCGAUACGCUCCAGUUCAGAAACUGCCCGGAUACCGAACGGCUUGCUAUCCUGAGACUCAUGCACCGCCUCCUCCGAUACCAAGCCGAGCCCACAGUCGAACAAUGCGCCAAGUUACCAGCAUGGUAUCUUAGCAGACCAUCUCAAUCACUACCUCACUCUUCUGCAAUAGACUUCUUCGUCUGGCCAGGUGUUCGAGAGCGCUUUGUGUUUUCACAACAUCAGUACUGUUCGAACCUGUUCUGGGAGGUAUUCGCAAGCAGCUUCCGAAUCAUGUGGCCUUUUGAGUUCCGUGAUUGCUACCGGCGAAACAUCGAGACAAGACGAUACUGUGUGGCCCCAGAGUUCGAGGACAGGAUCCGUGACAUCAACUCCUGGACCAUGUCGUCAGACUUUUUCAACCAAUUCCCGGAGAUGUAUGCCGACAUCCCAGCAUAUCAAGAAGUGCCAAGACUUUUAACUUGGAAAGAUGCUCGAGAGAGCAGGCUACGACAAAGUGGAAGGGUCAAAGAACUAGAGACUGGAAGCUCUCCGCGAAGUAGAAGGAAUUCUGACAUGGACAUGCUGAGCCUGGCAACAGUACAAAACUGGCCAGCAGGUGACUUUCUACUCUCAAAUCCUUCAGGCACAUAA